UGACGGAGGGGCUUUCCCCCGCUAAUCUGUUAAAAGAUAUUACCUUUUGCUGUCCGCUGUCACUCAUACAGCUCGGAAUUUUCUAAGAGAAGAUAACCCGUGGGACGACUGAGAGUGUGUGCGCAUCAUGGAGAUUCUCAUGCCCUCCAUGCAAAGGGUCGAUCCACAUCUAAUGUCUGAGCCAGUGAUCCAGAUCUUUGAGCAGCCUAAGCAGAGGGGAAUGCGCUUCAGGUACAAGUGUGAGGGUCGCUCAGCGGGCAGCAUCCCCGGCGAGAAGAGCUCCGACAACAACAGGACCUACCCUAGCUUGCAGAUCCUGAAUUACUGCGGAAAGGGGAAGGUGCGUGUGUACUUGGUGACAAAGAAUGAGCCGUACCGACCGCAUCCACAUGACCUAGUGGGGAAGGACUGCAAAGAUGGGUUCUACGAGGCGGAGUUUGGUCCAGACCGCAGAGUGAUCGCCUUCCAGAAUCUGGGUAUCCAGUGUGUGAGGAGGAGGGAAGUGAAGGAUGCCAUCGUACAGAGGAUUACCAGAGGGAUCAACCCCUUCAGCGUGCCGCGUGAGCAGCUGCUGCAGACAGAGGAGUACGACUUGAACGUGGUUCGCCUGUGCGUCCAGGUUUUCCUGCAGGACGAGAAUGGCCACUACACCCAAGCACUUAGCCCCAUUGUCACCAACCCCAUCUAUGACAACAGGGCCCCAAACACAGCAGAGUUGAGGAUCUGCCGGGUCAACAGGAACAGUGGCAGUGUUAAGGGAGGGGAUGAGAUCUUCUUACUGUGUGACAAAGUUCAGAAAGAUGACAUUGAGGUGCGAUUCUUCUCCUCUGACGGCUGGGAAGCCAAAGGCUCCUUCUCCCAGGCUGAUGUUCAUCGUCAAGUAGCCAUUGUCUUCAAGACUCCACCCUACUAUAACACUUCCAUCACAGAGUCAGUCACUGUGCACAUGCAGUUGCGGCGGCCUUCCGAUCAGGAAGUCAGUGAGCCGAUGGAUUUCAGAUACCUGCCCGAUGACAAAGAUCCUUAUGGCUACAAUGAGAAAAAGCGCAGAAGAGAGCACUUGAUGAAGAUAUCAGGAUUGUCAGGUGGUCCUUUUGCUGGUCUGGCUAUGAACAGGCCAAAGGCAGUGCCACAAAGUACCAUGAGUCACAUGCGGAAAGACCACAGCAACAUGUACCUGAGGCAACAGCCCACACCUGUGAUGCAGCAACAACCUACUGUCUUCAACCAGUCCUAUCAACCAGGUGCUCAGAAUGUAAUAAUGACACCACAGGCUCCUAAUUUACAAAUCAGCCAUUCAUGGGCAAAUCCCAACCCGACACUCUCAAUGGACACAGUCACCAUAAAUCCACCUGGUGUCUUAAGCAACCUGUCACGUCCUAACAGCAGCAGACAGCAGCAGCCAAACUGUGGAUCUGGUUACUCCCACAGAGGGGAGCUCAACAGCUGUGAGAAUAAUACCCUCCCUCAGCUCUCCAUGAGGGACUUGCAGUGCUUGGAUACAGUCCCCCAGACCUCUGUAAUGAACCAGUCAGAGUCUCAGUCACUCUUCCAUCUGCAGCACCAAAGGGAUGAACUGUCCUCUGAGAACCAGGCCCAGAACCAUCUAGGCAACCAGAACCAGGGUCUCCAGACUGUGUGGCCCAAUUUCACUACCCUCAAUACAGUCCAGAACACCUUUAAUGGGUCGGUAACUGAAGGUGGAGGGGGGUCACAGGGGCUGGGCUCUUUCCACUUCCUAGACGGGAUUGAAGGGGAUGAUUUUCUGAAGGGCCUGGUGGAAGAAGGGUCUCAGACUUGUUUCCAGUUGAAGCAGGAGCCCCAGAUCAGAGUGGGACAAGAGACCCAUGCUUCACUCAUGCAGUCUCCAAGGGAAAGCCAUAGAAAUACUUACACCAACUUGCUUCCUCGUCCUAUGAGCAAUGACACCAACAUGGAUCCAAUGGGGCAAGACAGUAGUGGCAACACCCAGCCUCAUAAAAAUCUACCUUACCCAAAUAACGGCAUGGCCUCAGAAGGCCACUUUGCAAAUUUGGCUGACUGGGUCAAAGCAACUCGACAAAGCAAAUAACGGGAGAGACAUUUUUGGCAUCGAGAAAUAAAUAAAAGCAGCUCCAAGGAGUGUUGCUUAGCCUUAUGAAGCCAGCCAAGUUUUAGCCCACCAUCCUAGCCUGAAAAGGCUCAGUGGGCAUUUGCUUAGGUUAUUACAUCAGCAGGGAUAUGGCAAAAAUUAUUGGCAGCUGGCUGGCUCCAUUCCCAGACAAAGGCAUUGUUUCUAGGUGGCGCAGUGGAUGUCUAGUUCCCUCUUUAGCAAAGACAUCACCAAUAAUGCAGUUCCAGAACCUUGCAUAAUUUUGCAUGAUUGAUGUACAGGUUCCCCUCCAGACAGUCACCUCUGAAGUGUUGGGGUGUUUUGAAAAGUGUAAAGUAUCAUUGUUUUAAUCAGUCCUUCAAAUUCACAAACUGGUUUGGCCUCUGGCUGCUGGUGUCCUACAGACUAAACAAUAAAACGGAGCUCACAUGAAUUCUCAAAGCAUUGUGGGAUUCCAGGCAACAUGAAAAGGCUUUGGAGGGGUCCGAAGUAAAAAAAUUUUAACUUUAUGCAAGUGAAGGCAAAAAUCUUUUUUUAAAAUAAGCUUUAUUGAAGAUAUAUAUAUAUAUAUAUAACAAACAAGGCAAUAUAACAUUUUGCCAAUAUGGUGUUGGCACCAGCGGAUGUCCGGCAAGCUCACAUGAAUCUGCAACUGCCUGGAGAUUAUGCCCAUUCAAGGAAAUCCUUAAAUUA